AUGUUCGCGGAGGUCUUUCGGACAGCCGAUGAGAAGGACUUCUUCGCGGGCACCCGCGGGUGUAGUGGAUUAGUCGUGGCGCUUUCCGUGGGACUUCGGCAUGCUUAUCCACUGGAGGUGUUGCCAUUUGUGCCAAAACCUUGGGCCUUGCAGUGUCAGCACCUGCCAUUCUGCAUUGCCAUCAUUUAUAUACUUCUGGGGCUUCUAGGGCCGCAGAUGUUUCCUGAGUGGCCCUUUGCACCCUUGGCUUUCUUUACAGCCUGGUUCUAUUUGCGAUAUUUGAUGUGGUUCUCGCAUGCCAAAGCCUAUGGCGACCAUUCGCCAGACUUUAGCUUCGCGAAUCUUUUCCCACAAGGCCUCCGGCCAAUUGCGGGCGCUGUGGGCGCACUGACGCACAACUUGGCAUCCUCGGUGGCGCCAAGCCUAUUGCAACUCCGGCAGCCAGAGGAUGAAGAGCGGGCCGAGGCGGUUACGUAUGACCCCAGCCACACAAAGGACGGCGCAGUGCUUUGGAAUAUGGCUGGGGCGAUGAGCCUAACCAAUGCCAGCUCAUCGCUGCCCUGGCCUGCGCCUCCGCCAUCUGGAGAACCGGUGCCAGGUGCUCCAGGUUCCAAGGAGUACGAUGCGCGCAGGGCCAAGGCACUGAAACUUCUGGAUGAGUCCAUCAGCUCUUUGUUGGCGCCAAGCAGUGCGCCAGAGAGCACACGCUUGCCUCCUGAGCUCAGGCCUGCAGUGAAUGGAUCUUCUUCACCUGAGGAGUCUGGCGAGCCGCCCUCCAGCGAGGUGGAACCAGCAGAUGUUUGA